AUGCUGCAGCUCAUCUCCAUUGUGCUCUUGGCUGCUCUCUUUACGGCUAUCCUUGUCAAAGGCUCUGAGGUUCCUAGUUCCCAAGAGCAUGAUCAGAAAAAGCAACACAUCCUCCAGAAACUGGACCAGCUGAAAGCUGAACUAGACCACCUAUGUCGCCCCUGCCCAUGGGACUGGACACUCUUCCAAGGAAACUGUUACUUCUUCUCCACAUUCCAGAAGAAUUGGAUGGAAUCUGCUGCUGCCUGCAAAGACAUGGGAGCCCAACUAGUGGUCAUAAAAAGUAAUGAGGAGCAGAGCUUUCUCCAGAGGACUUCUAAGAAGAAAAUCGAUUUCUGGAUGGGCCUGUCAGAUGCAAAAGAGGAAGGCCAAUGGCUGUGGGUGGAUGGCUCACCACUGCUUUUCAAUUUCAGGAAGUAUUGGUCUGCAGGUGAACCCAACAACCAUGACAAUGAAGAUUGUGCAGUAAUUUCAAAUCAUGGAUGGAAUGAUUUCUCAUGUUUAGCUGUGUCAUUUUGGAUCUGCAAGAAGCCUGUAUUGCCUUGCUCUAAGUGA